UUGAGAAUGUUUGUUUACCAACAACCGUAGAUUCCGGCAAUGGCGAUUCCCGCGCAAGAUGUGCUGCUAAUUUGUCGAUUUUGUUUGUGUGAGGACGAAGCGUUUCUUAUUUCGCUAGAGGAUAUAUUGGAUUUUGCACUGAGCGUACAGGAUGUGACAACAUUGACGGGAGUACAGAUAACCGAAGAUAACAUAGCAUCAUACUGCAUGUGCCUAGAUUGUACAACCAAGCUGAAAAGCUGCAUCAACUUCCGCAAAACCUGUUUGUCCAAUGAUGCCAAGUUUCGAGAGCUGUGCGGUCGAUUGCCCGCCCAGGAUAACGGUACGCUGACCAUUCGGGAAGAUAGUGGAAAGGAAGUCUGUGCACCGACUGCACCAACCAUCGAAGUAGCGGACGAAUCGUCAGAUUGUGAUAUAAGCUUUCUGGAAAGAAUUCUGGCAGAUCCGGAAACAGAGGAACCGAAGCCACUGGGUCGUAGCAAACCAGCCAGUCCUCCGUUCGCGUUUUCGUGCAGAAGCGCAGGCAAACCAAAGCAAUGGCAAAAUCCAUGUCAAUGCGCAUCGUGCUUGUGGAAGGAUAUAUCGUUGCCCGAGGCGGACGAUGGCGAAGCGUACUCGGCUAACUAUAUUCCACCAGGAACAGUAGUUUGCACGGAACUACCGGCGGAUCCUACAGAUUUUCAGAGCAUAAAUCCACCAGCUCCACCACCAGUGCCACCGCCGGUACGUAAGCGAGGCCGCAGACACCACAUGUGUGACCGGUGUGGCAGAUGGGCAGUGCACAUGCCAAGCCACAUGUUUCAACAUUUACAGCAUUGCAUAUACAGCUGUCCAUACUGUGACAUGAAAACAAGGAUUAAAGCUUCCUUAAAGGAACACAUCAGAACUGUGCAUAUGAAAUUAGCUCGUAAAACGUGCAACAUCUGCGGUAGGAAAUUCAUUCAUCGUAAGACGUAUCGGUAUCACAUGCUUUCACACGAAGGAAAAACUUUCGAUUGUAAAGGCUGCUCGAAAACGUUCAGUAAUGCUAAAUGCUUGCAGGAUCACAUAAACCGACUACACAAUGCUGGAAGGCUGCUUCAGAAGCAGCCGGCAGAACAGCGUGUUGCAAGAAAACGGAACAGGUCCAAAGCGAUCAUUGAAUAUGAGGAGAGUGAUGCACAGGAAGUAUUGCAAACGCUUUUGAAGAACACAUGAAGGAAUCGGCGAACGGGGAGAAUAGUCCUGCUCCUAACGAACCGGACGAAGUGUAGAUCGAGUACUGUCGAGCAAGGAAGGCAUCGCGACAGGGAAAUAAAAUGUGGUUCGUGAGAACUCUUGUCGCCAAAUAAUA